CAUUCGAUUAAAAUUAAUCUAAAAUAUAUUUGAUCGAAUACGGAUACUAAAAUGUAUGUGAGCAUUUUAACUUAUUUCUGUAUAGCUUUAGUUGGUGUUUUUAGUAAAUCAAUAAGAAUCAUGGGUGGUAAUAAUGCAGAUAUAAAAGAAUUCCCGUUUUUAGUAUCUUUGACAUAUAUCGACGACAAUAAGCAUACGUGUGGUGGUGCAAUUAUUAGCAAUUAUCACAUUCUUACGGCAGCUCACUGCCUUUUCAAUAAACAUACGGACAACGACUAUUUAGUAAUUUAUUCUGGAAGCACUAGUUUGAAAAUUCGUUCUGGAUAUGAAUAUCGAUUAAAACAGAUUUUCAUUCAUCCCGAAUUUAAUGGCAAUAAACUGAAGGAAAUGAUGAAUCGACACGAUAUUGCUAUUAUAGAGGUGGAAGGUUUUAUUGAAUUUAACGAGUACCAACAGAAAGCACGACUUCCAACAGAAAAUGUUUAUGCAAGUACAAUCGCCACAAUUGCUGGUUGGGGACUUUUAGACUUUCCGUCAAUAUAUUAUCCAGAAAAACUCCAAAAAACUUCAUUGAAAAUUCUUGACAAUUCUAUAUGUAGAAAAAAACUGCCCUUUAAUAUUCACGAAGAUCAAUUGUGCGCAUUUGAGAAAAUAGGGGUUGGCGUAUGUGUUGGGGACAGUGGUGGUCCACUUAUUCUUAACGGUGAAGUAAUCGGGGUUAUUUCAAUUGGUCUCCCAUGUGGUCAAGGUAUACCAGAUGUAUUUACGAAAGUAUAUUCAUACCUCGAUUUUAUUAGAUCCAUUAUUGGAAAUUAGCAUAUUAUAAAUGUAUAGGUAUAAUAGUAUACAAGAAUUUAAGUUAUUUUAAUAAAAUAU